CCCGCCCACUUCUUUUGGGAUUAUUAUUUUCAAAUUUUACAGAGAGUUGAAAAGAGAAAGGAAAGACCCUAUUUCACGCCUCUAUAUAAACUCACCACCACCCGCUUCCUAUACCUCACCAAGCACAUAGCUUCUCUCUCUCUCUCUUUCUCUCUCCCUCCCUCCCUCCACAGUACCCGGCCAUUAGUCUCUGAUUCCGCUGAAAAAAUGGUUUCUUUUCCUUCUUUUCUUUCUCAUGGGUUCCUGCCACUCAUCUUUCUAAUUUUGCUAUUUCAUGUGUCGUUGGCCGCAAGGAGGCUACAUGAGCUGGUGCAAGACCAGCCUCUGCUCCUGCGAUACCACGACGGCCCUCUUCUCUACGGCAACAUUUCCGUUAACCUCAUCUGGUACGGAAACUUCAAGCCAUCCCAGCUCGCCAUUGUCUCCGAUUUCAUCUCCUCCCUUUCUUCUUCCCGAAAACACCACCAACCCGAACCCUCUGUUACCACCUGGUGGAAUAUCACGAAAAAAUAUUACCACUUCUCCUCCAAAAGAGGACAACCCCUAUCCCUCCGUCUCAAAAAUCGAAUCACGGACAACACCUACUCCCUGGGGAAGCUCCUCACGAGCAAGCAAAUCGUGCAGUUGGCUUCGAGGGGCGAACACAAGAACGCCAUUAACGUUGUUCUGACUUCCCCGGACGUCGCCGUCGAGGGGUUCUGCUCCGGGCGGUGCGGGACACACGGGUGGUCUUCUUCCCCUGCUGGAAGCAACAAAGUGAAGGGGAAGAACAACAAAUUCGCUUACAUUUGGGUGGGGAACUCGGAGACUCAGUGCCCGGGUCAAUGCGCUUGGCCCUUCCACCAGCCCAUCUACGGACCGCAGAGCCCGCCCCUGUUGGCGCCCAACAACGACGUCGGCUUGGACGGCAUCGUCAUAAACCUGGCUAGCCUCUUGGCCGGAACUGCGACGAACCCAUUUGGAAAUGGGUAUUACCAGGGCGAAUCCGGGGCUCAAUUGGAGGCUGCUUCUGCCUGUACAGGGAUUUAUGGAAAUGGGGCUUAUCCUGGUUAUGCAGGGAACCUGUUGACCGAUGAAACAACAGGCGCCAGUUAUAAUGCCAAUGGUGCAAAUGGGAGGAAGUACUUGCUUCCGGCGGUGUAUGAUCCUUCUACAUCGUCUUGCUACACUUUAGUGUGAAAAACAGGGGAAACAAGGGGAUAUAGUAGAUUGUACACUCCGUAACCGUAGGGGGUAUUAAGAGGGAUUUACAGUGUAAUUUUUUGAUUGAUUUAUUUGUUUCCAGUACGUUUUUGGGUAAAGUAAACUAGUUGGUUUGCUUUUGCAUUUAAAAAUCAGAAUGCUUUCAUCAA